AUAUGAUGUCCUCCCACUCUAACCGAUGAGUUCUGUGUCCAAUCACAGCUGAUCACAUGUAAAUAGGGAAAUGCCGGUUAUCAGCAUUUCUCUUCUCACGAGCUGUCACACUGACAGCUCAGGGGACAUCUACACUGAUCAUCAGGGCACUGAUGAUCAGUGUAGCCCCAUCAGUGCCACCUGUCAGUGGCGAUCAAUGCCAGCUGUCAGUGGCGAUCAAUGCCAGCUGUCAGUGUCCAUCAAUGCCAGCUGUCAGUGCCCAUCAAUGCCAGCUGUCAGUACCCAUCAGUACACAUCAAUGCCACAUAUCAGUGCCUACCAGUGCACAUCAAUGCCACAUAUCAGUGCCCAUCUGAGC